AUGGCGGCGUCGACGGUGCUGCGGUCGUCGGACCUCUUCGCUGCUAUCACCGCCCAUCAAGACGGACUCACGGAAGCGAUGGCCGAUGUCCAGAUGCUCGCUGAUGCGGUGCACCUCACGCUACCCAGCAUCGGUCGCCUACGGCACCUCGUGAACGUCCCGGCGGCAAUUGCGGCGCUGCCGUACCUUCAGCGGUAUCCCGACCCGACGACCAAGCUUUCAGCGCACGCGCUCUUUGUGUCGCCGACGGUGGCUGAUCCAGCCUUGGCGCUGCACCUCUCGAUUGUCCAAGGCCAUAUGGCGAUCGUCCGGCAAUGGCUUCGACAUGACGCGACGCUCGUCACAUCAGCGACGCUCGAGCUUGCGGCGGCGUCAUCUCAAGGAGCCAUUUUGCGGCUGCUUUUUGCGCGUUAUCCCGAGCUUGCAACGCCCAAGAUGAUGGACCUCGUGGCCAUGGCGGGCGAUUUGGCACUCUUGCGAUGGCUGCACGAAGCUGGUGCGAUCUGUACGACCGCUGCAAUGGACGGUGCAGCGAUGAACGGCCACUUGGACGUCGUCGUCUUCCUACAUGAAACAAGAGCCGAAGGCUGCACGGUGGCGGCAGUCACGGCGGCGGCCGCCAACGGCCAUGCCGACAUUGUCCGGUAUCUCUUCAACCAUCGCACUGAGCGCGUCGACGCAUGGCUCUACUACGAUGCGCCGCACAGCGACCACAAGACGCACCGUGUAGAAGGAACAACGUACCUCGAGGCCAUCGACUUGAUCAUGACAACAACCACAACGCUGCAUGAAAACGUUCUUUUGACCAGCAUCGAGCGCCUCGGGCUGCCCGCGCUGCAGCACAUUUACGCGAGCGGCUACCAGCGCAUCACGCCACAAUGCCUCGAAGUCGCGCUGUUGCGACAGGACCAUUCCAUGCUUUCAUUUGCGCUCCACGCUCUGUUCGAAGCGCAUGCGUCUGGCAUUGGCGAGUGGCAACCGCCGGAUGAGGACGAAAAUGCAGUGGAGAACAAUCUCAGGUUUGGCUUUCCGACUCGCUGGCGUGACUACGCUUUCUUGGACACGGCGGCGUUUUGUGGCAAUCUUGCCGCGAUCCAGCUGCUGCACGCCAGCCGGCUGCGAGGUGCCACCGAGCGUGCAAUGGCGAAUGCGGCCUGCAAUGGCCACCUCGAGGCGCUCCAAUGGCUCCAUGCGCAUCGUCAGGACGGCUGCUCGGCCGACGCAAUGGCGCUGGCGGCCGCGCGUGGACAUUCGGACGUUGUCUACUGGCUUUUGAACGUCUAUCAGCUGCCGCUGACCAAUGCCGUGCUCGCGUCCGCGGCGGCCAAUGGCAACCUCCCGCUCGUGCAGUACCUACUGUCGUGGCUGCCAGGUGCGAGCGAUGACGUCGGCGACGCAACCGUGCUUCAACUGCGUGUGCCUUCGCAGGAUCGGUUCAAACUCAACAUGGCCGAGUACUUUGACGGCCGUCCGACCGACUGGGCUGUUCGCCGAGGCCACCUACAGGUGCUUCAAUGUCUCGUGGCUUAUGGCUGUGUGGUGUCGCCCGUGGCCAUAAACGACGCUGUACAGCACGGCCAUCUCGAUGUCAUGGUCUAUCUCCACGGCGUCUUUGACCAGCGCUGCUCGACGUUUGACGCGCUUUCGAAGGCCGUGUGCCAUCAUUCGAUCAGCGUGCUCACGCAUGCUCUUUUGCACCACACUAUUUGGGCGGCCACGGACGACGUCGACGAGCGGGCCCUGGACGUGCACAUUCUCUGCGUCUAUGUCGCUCGACGCGGCGAUGUGGCGAUCCUCGACCUUGUGGCCAAGACCUUUGCCCUCGACUGUCUCCGAGAUCUGCCCCGGCGGGUGCAAGAGCGCAUGCUCGUGCGUGCGGCCGCCCAUGGACAUCUCGAGAUGCUACAGUAUCUGGUGGAGACGCAUGGCUUUGCAUGGACCAGUGCCGUUGAGAGCGCGGCGCGCAACGACGGCCGAAAGCGCGUACUUCGGUAUUUGGCGACGCUGGGCCCGGCGGUGCCGUCGGCGUACGCGCUCGGGGACGUGGCCCUCGCGCGCGAGAUCUUUGAUCGGUCCCGUCGACGCGUCAUGGUCGACGGACACCCGCGUGUGCAGCCCAUGUAAGGACGCCGCGGAUAUGCGUCAAUCAGCAUUAAACAAUAAAACCAUUUGUAUGAAAUUCGAGAA